AAAGUACUUCCUCAUUUACUCUCAAACCAUUUGCAACACUUGCUUGGAUUCUUCAAUAUCUCCCCUCACUUUGAUGAUGGGACUAUUUAUUUCUAUUAGUACUGUUUCUAUAUUGUGCAUAUUCUUGACUAUGGAAAUUUGCAUUAUUAUUCAUCACUUUUGCUCUAAUAUGUAGAGCCUCAAUUCAUUGUUAGGGUUUGAAGAUACCAACACUCACUUCAAUUCUUGAAAUUUCUUUAUUAGUAACUUUCUACAUUGUGCAGGGACAAAGAUCACGUGGAAACUUGUAAAUGUUCAUCAUAUUUCUUGAAAUUUAAAGAAAGGGAAGUUGAAGGUGUCACAAAUAUUGUCUAUUGUAUCACUUUCACUUCAACUCCUUCAAAUUCAUUGCUUGGGUUCCAUGACAGUCAGAGGCGAAUCCAGGAUUUAAAGACAGGGGAUGCACUACUAUAAAUGACUCAAGUUGAGAAGGACUAUUUUUCUUCAAAAGUCGAUCCACCCCUGACGACAGCAUACCCAGACUCUCUCUUUUAAGUAUCAUUAUGGCGGCGACUAACAGAAUUCCAAUGUCAAUAGAGCAUUCUGAUUUCUGGGUAAAAAAAAGGAAAUGAUUCCCCUGGCCUGUGCUUCUGUGUCUGAGGAGGAAUGCAACAAAAAACUUCUUGAGGUUGGCAGUGAGCUGCUUCAGCCUCCAUCUUCUAAGGAGGAGCUUAUGGAGAAACAUGAUGGCCGAUGAUUAGUCCUUGGGGCUCUUUGAACCAGAUAUGGAGAUGCUAUGUCUAUGCUAUACUCAGUAGCUACGAGAUUAGAGCCGGCAUUGCACCUGUGUCUGAUAACAUCUUUACAAAGUGUAGUGAUUUUACAGCCAACUGUAUGUCUAUUCAAGUGCAAAUCCACGGAGCUGAAUCCCUUCCCCAGAGUCUGAUGUUCUUGAGAUAUCAAGGAAGCAUAGGAUGAUAACAACACGGUCAUUGAGUGGGCAGCCACUAAGGUGAUGAAAACAUUGUUUACAAGAAAAUCAACUUGUGUGUACUGCACGUGAAUAAUAUAUUUGUAAUCCUUAUCAGUAAGUUUAUCAUAUCUACGGGUCUUAAUUCUAUAAUUUAUACACACAGGAUCCAUACUCAAAGCACUGAUUUUGAAUAAACCAGUCCAACUAGAUUUGUCUCUGAACAGGACCCAAGACUUUAUUCCCUUACCUUUUUAAACCUUUCAAUACGUGGGUCUCCCUAGGUUCUUGGUGGCAACAAAUUUGAUGUAAUCUGUUUUUCCAUUCCUGUUACGUUUUUAGAAAACAAAUCUUUAUUUCACAUACUCGGAUAUUAUUUCAAUAGGCUAUAACAGUUUUAAUGUCUAACAUUGCAUUCAACUACAUAAUCUAUUGCAAGACCUGCUGCAAAUGUAUUUAUAUUUCUGAUUAUCUAGAUAGAUUUACAAUACGGAGUAUAAUUUUCUGCUUUGAUUACUUCCCUAUUAUAUCCUUAAGUUGAUAUAGUUGCUAGCAUAAACAUUACUCAUCUGAGUUUCAACAUAAAAACGAAUAAAGUCCGAGACUGAGAGCUUCUUAUUGUUAUUAUCACCUUUAUAUUUCUUUUGAUCUUUAGAUGUUGGCCGAAUACUUUUAUAGCAGAAGCAACACAGAAAGGGCAGAGAAGAAGUGAAUCUAUACAGAUUACUGUAAUCUAAGCGGGCAUUUAUUAGUAGACCCUUUUUGGCAAAUUCUUUUAUUUGAAACUCAAUUUUAAGAGGGAAAACCUGAAAAUUCACGCCAACCUCAGUCCUACUCACACACAUUGAAUUUUUUUCCAUAAUAGCACAAAAGGUUGGGAUUUUGAAUAAAUCGUUGACAGAUUGGCGCUGCCUGUGCUGUAGGCGCCCAUUAUUCAUUCCCCUCUUUUCCUCUCUGCCUCUCUUUUACUUGUCUUUUGUAUACUAGUACUGGCGUUACUUUUGAGCCUUUCUGCAUCGCGGUUUUCCCCUUUUGUCUCUUGUAAUUUCUUUAGGGUUUUUGCAUCUUAAAACCUAGUUUUCAGAUUACAGUUUACUUCUUGUUCUUUGAGUGCUUUGAACAAAGGAAACGGUUUCCAUGGAUCUUACUCCUGUUUCUGAGGAGAAAUGCAUCAAAGGGCUGCGUAAAGUUGGAAAUGAGCUACUUCAGCAACCCCCAUCUUCUAAAGAGGAGAUUCUGAAGAAACUUGAUAACUUGGAGCAUCUUUUGUCAAUGGUGAAGCAAGUUCCCCCAGUAUCGGUGCGAGAUGCUAUUCAGCCUGCAAUGGAAGCACUGGUUACAGAUGGAGUUCUACAGCAUCCUGACAUAGAUGUGAAGGUAUCAGUUGCAUCUUCCAUGAGUGAGAUCAUUAGAAUUACAGCUCCAGAUCAACCAUAUAAUGAUGCUAGACUUGAGGACUUUUUUAAGCUUGCAGUUUUGGCAUUUGGGAAAUUGUCUUGCUUGGAGGGUCGCUGUUAUUCAAAGGCUGUCUCAAUUAUUGAAGUUCUUGCUAAGUACCAAACGUGCGUGCUGAUGUUGGAUCUCCAAUUAGAUGCAUUGAUUGUUCAGAUGUUUCAAUAUUUUUUAAAUAGUAUAAGGCCGGACCACCCUGAUGAAGUAUUCAUGAACAUCAAAGAAAUAAUGACCAUGAUAAUAAAAGAGAGUGAAGAUAUUCCAAUGCAGCUUCUGAACACCCUUGUGAGCAUCCUCAUAAGUAGUGUAAAGAAGGAAAAUCAGAAUGUUUCACCUCGUUCCUAUGUUCUGGGAGAGAAAGUUCUUCAAGAAAGUGCUGUCAAACUCUAUCCAUAUCUUCAAAAGGCAGUGACGGACCUUGGCAUUUCCUUUAACAACUAUUCAGAAGUUGUUGAAUUAAUCUGGAGGGAGGCGAUUAAAACUAAAGCUACGGUGGAAAGUGCUCCGCAAGAGCUUUCACCACAUGCUGCGCAUAAGAACGAUGAUGUUGUUCUAGAGACAGUUCCAUCGUUAAAGGAACCAGAAGCAGCCAAAGAAACCGUAGAUCCAGAAGCUGCUCAAACUUCAAAGAAAAGAGGUUGGAAACCUAUUCUUUUGAAUAAAGCAGAAGAAGGAUAUGCCGAUGCUUGGACAAGUAUAGAAAGGAGGUCAAAUAUAAGAGCUGAGGUACUGAGUUCUUUCUCAAACACUAAAGAAAUCAAUUUCCCCAAAGCCUGUAAAAAACAACGUAAACAACGUAAAAGGAGGAUGUACUUACCAUCACAAGAAGAGGGGAAAGCAGCUGAUGUUCUGGCUCCUCCAACAACGACCAAGCAGGAUAAUUUAACUCCAAAAGGAGGGCGCCGAAAUAAAGGGGUCAAGGUGGAUGUGCAUGGCUAUAAAGUAGAAGUUAGCAGUGCUCCCAUAUUGACUGCCAUUUUUGCCAAGUAUGGUGACAUUGCAGUCAAUUGUCACUACAAAUCAUUGGCUACCAGAGCUUCCCUUCUUGAUCUAGUUUGUGAUGUCGUAAAGAGGCUGAAAGCUGGUGAUGUUGGUUCUUCAUCAAUCAAACAGAUGAAAUCUUUUGUCUCUACUGCCGUGGAAGUUGAGCUUGAUGUAGCUUGGCUGCAGCAGUAUCUGGAUGAGAUUUCAAAAGAAGAGGAUAUGGAGAAAAGGUUACACAUGGAUAUCGAUAUCCUUCUUUGUUGAAUUGUGGAGCAAGACAUCAAUUUCUCUGUGGAAUGAGUUUAUUAACAUUCGUUUUAUCAAACACAUAACAUUUUUGUCACCGAUCCUUUGCUCCAACGAUAUUUAGGUCUCUUCAAACAAUCUGAUUGAUAUUUUGUGUCAGUGUGAAUUAACAUACAUGUAAAUUGCAUUGCAGACGCACAUAGAAUUUUCCUACAUUUAAUGUGCUGAAUCUUUCCUUUGUCAUCACCUGAUUAUGCGCAAUGAACUCUAGCAUUUCUUUUGAA